AUAAACGGAGAAACAACAGGCGAGAAGAAGUGCAUGAUGUUUGCAGAGGAUAUAGCUUUUAUAGAAAAAAUUUGGGAGGAGUUCAUAAUAGGCUUGGGGAACGGAAAGUACCAGCGACGUCGAGGGACCGGCAGCAGGAACGGUAUUCGGGGGUAUUGGUGAUGGUCCUUGUGGCCAUACUGAUGGCAGUCUUCCGGGAGCACUGGCUGCAGUC